CUCUCUUUUCUUGCUCCAUUUCGCUGCGGCAUUUCAUCGUACGGCUAUAGCGACAGUGGUGGUAGGGGUCUUCGGGGUUGGAUUGAAGUGGUGGGUGAAGCCUUGUCGACUGCAUUUCCCGUUUGGGUAGCUUUGGGGUGUCUAUUAGGCCUCGUCAGGCCAAGUUCCUUCAACUGGGUCCAACCCAAAUGGACAAUUCUUGGUCUUAUCCUCACUAUGCUUGGUAUGGGCAUGACCCUUACCUUUGAUGAUCUUCGUGGAGCUUUGGCUAUGCCUAAGGAAUUGGUAGCUGGCUUUGUGCUCCAGUACUCGGUGAUGCCUUUAUCAGGGUUUUUUGUCAGCAAACUCUUACAAUUGCCCUCCCAUUAUGCAGCUGGCCUGAUUUUGGUUGGCUGCUGUCCUGGUGGUACUGCAAGUAAUAUUGUCACUUAUAUUGCACGGGGAAAUGUGGCUCUCUCCGUGUUAAUGACAGCAGCAAGCACCCUAUCUGCUGUGGUCAUGACUCCAUUUCUCACAGCCAAACUUGCUGGGCAAUUUGUUGCAGUAGAUGCAGUAGGCCUUCUUAUGUCCACACUACAGGUUGUGCUUCUUCCUGUAUUGGGUGGUGCAUUUCUUAAUCAGUACUUCCAAAGGCUGGUUAAAUUUGUUUCUCCUGUGAUGCCCACCAUUGCUGUUGUAACUGUAGCUGUUCUAUGUGGGAAUGCAAUUGCCCAGAAUGCUUCUGCAAUUCUUAUGUCUGGUCGACAAGUGGUGUUAGCUGCAGCCCUUCUUCAUGCAUCAGGAUUCUUCUUCGGUUACAUUCUUUCCAGAAUCCUGGGGCUUGAUGUGUCAUCCUCUCGCACCAUCUCUAUUGAAGUUGGCAUGCAGAACUCGGUACUUGGAGUAGUUCUUGCUACUCAGCACUUUGGAAAUCCACUGACAGCUGUACCAUGUGCUGUCUCCAGCGUCUGUCAUUCAGUCUUUGGAAGUGUCUUAGCAGGAAUUUGGAGACGUUCCCCGCCUGUCAAAGUGCAGGACUGAAAUGUAUUAGAAAAAAAUUGAGAUAAGCUCUAUGACAAUAUUUUGAUUUUUCCUUCCUUUUUACUUAGAACUGUUGACUACACACAUGACGCUUUGGAUGGACAACUCUUUGGUGCUAUACCGGUCUUCUCUUCUUUCCUGAAUCUGGGUACCAUGAAUUUGUGCUAUAUCGAUCUAUAUAAGUGUUUUCUUCUCAUUCCUGAA